AAAAAGCAAAAGGUAGCGUGAUGAUAUUUGUCACAGCGUCUUAUCGUCUGAAAAGAAAAAACGAGAAAAGAUAAAUACUUCACUAUAAAGACCAUCACUUCCUUACAGACCGAACCCACCCGUAACUUUUAACCGCAAAAUCUUCUUCACCCGUUUCUCUUUUCUUCUCUGCUGUGUAAUAAAAAUAAAUAAAUGCUUCCACAUGAUGAUGAACAACACCAGCGAUUACUCGAUUCCAACGAGGAAGAAUCAGCCUAUGAAUUUUCCGACAAAGUCCAUAUUAUCGGAGUCGACGAAGAACCCGAUGAUGAAGAUUUCACCAAAGCUCCUCCUUUUUCCUGGAAAAAGCUAUGGUCUUUUACUGGGCCGGGUUUCUUGAUGAGUAUAGCCUUUUUGGAUCCGGGUAAUCUUGAAGGAGAUCUUCAGGCAGGGGCUAUCGCUGGGUAUUCUCUGUUAUGGCUACUCUUUUGGGCUACGGCUAUGGGACUACUUGUUCAGCUUUUAGCGGCUCGUUUGGGAGUGGCUACCUCUAGACAUUUGGCUGAGCUUUGUAGGGAUGAGUAUCCUAAAUGGGCUAGAUUGCUUUUGUGGAUCAUGACUGAAUUGGCUCUAAUUGGGGCUGAUAUUCAGGAGGUUAUUGGAAGUGCUAUUGCUAUAAAGAUUUUGAGUCGAGGGUUCUUGCCUCUCUGGUCUGGUGUCGUCAUCACUGCUCUCGAUUGCUUUGUAUUCUUAUUUCUUGAGAAUUAUGGAGUGAGGAAGCUGGAAGCACUCUUUGCCGUCCUUAUUGCAGUUAUGGCGGUCUCAUUUGCGUGGAUGUUUGGAGAAACGAAACCUAAUGGAGUUGAACUUCUUGUUGGUGUGGUGGUUCCAAAACUGAGCUCCAAGACAAUAAAGCAGGCAGUGGGAAUUGUAGGGUGUGUUAUCAUGCCUCACAAUGUGUUUCUACAUUCUGCUCUAGUGCAGUCUAGAGACAUUGACAACCGUAAGGUUGGCAGAGUUCGAGAAGCACUUAAAUACUACUCCAUAGAGUCGACAAUUGCCUUGGCAAUUUCAUUCAUUAUCAAUCUGUUUGUUACAACAGUGUUCGCAAAGUCAUUUUAUGGUAGUGAAAUAGCCAAUAGCAUUGGCCUAGAAAAUGCUGGUCAAUAUCUUCAGGAAAAGUAUGGUGGGGGAUCGUUCCCCAUCCUUUAUAUUUGGGCUAUUGGAUUGUUGGCUGCUGGACAGAGUAGUACUAUAACUGGUACUUAUGCUGGACAAUUUAUUAUGGGAGGUUUUCUACAUAUGAGGUUGAAAAAAUGGCAGAGAGCGUUAAUAACAAGAAGUUGUGCUAUCCUCCCAACUCUGAUGGUUGCUCUUGCUUUUGACACCUCUGAGAAAUCAUUAGAUGUUCUCAACGAGUGGCUCAAUGUUCUUCAGUCUGUCCAAAUCCCUUUUGCCCUGAUCCCCCUUCUUUGUCUUGUAUCCAGAGAAGAAAUCAUGGGUGUUUUCAAGAUUGGCUCUACUGUGAAGGUGAUAUCAUGGCUAGUUGCUGUGCUGGUUAUGCUGAUUAAUGGCUAUCUUUUGAUGGACACCUUAUCUUCUGCAGUCAGUGGUGUGUUGUUUACAUCUGUUGUAAUUGCAUUUACGGGUGCAUACAUUGCCUUCAUUGUUUACCUCAUUUCAUGUGGAGUUACCUUCUCCAAUUGGUUUGUAAAAAACAAGAGUAUCUCGAGCAUAGAUAAUUGAUAUAUGUUAUUACCAGAAAGCUGAGAUCAUGUUGUACCCUUUUAGCCCGUGCUUAAAUAUUUACACUUUAUACAAGCCAUUGCUCUAUGAAGCAUUAAGCUGUAAUCAACCAGGCUGACAGUGUGAUUGCAGCUCAAUUGGGUAUUUGUAUAUCAUUGAUCAAUGGUUACAUUUUUUUUUACCAACAAGGAAAAGGAAAAGAAUGUACACUAGCCUUUUGGUUUGGACUAUGCUGUAUGUGUUUGGAGUUGCUGUGAUUACAUCCCAUGUUGUUGGGUAUGCUUAACUGAGACAGUGAGUGUAGUUAGUAAUUAGUAGCACGUGCAUUGGGAAAAUUAGUUAGAGCUUGUAAUAAUUCCUUCUUAUUAAAUAGGCCAACACUUGUAUUGAUCCGGCAGUUUUAGAUUUUGAUGGAAAAUAAACACUCCUCUGCUCAUCUCA